CUGGUUUCACUCCAAAAACUAAAUGCCAAAACAAAGAGAUUUAGGUCCCCAAAUCAAAGAUAAAACCACUUCUCUCUUUCCUAUCACUCGCCAUCUUCUCCCCCUCUCGCUCUCUGCUCAAAACUGCACGGACGCUCAAAUUACAAACGAAAUGGGGGUAUAUCUGAGCACCCCCAAGACUGAGAAGUUGUCUGAGGAUGGCGAAAAUGAGAGUCUUCGAUAUGGGGUGUCGUCCAUGCAAGGUUGGCGUGCCACAAUGGAAGAUGCUCAUGCAGCAUAUCCGGACUUGGACGAUUGUACAUCUUUCUUUGGUGUUUAUGAUGGUCACGGAGGUAAAGCAGUGUCUAAGUUCUGUGCCAAGUAUCUUCACCAACAAGUGCUCAAGCAUGAAGCUUAUUCGGCUGGAGAUAUAGGCACUUCUGCACAGAAAGCUUUCCUCAGAAUGGAUGAGAUGAUGCGUGGUCAAAGGGGUUGGAGAGAAUUAGCUGUAUUGGGAGAUAAAAUGGAUAAGUUUUCAGGCAUGAUUGAAGGGUUAAUAUGGUCUCCUAGGAGUAGUGAAGUUAAAGACCAUUUUGAUGAUUGGACUUCUGAGGAGGGUCCUCAUUCUGAUUUUCAUGGACCAAAUUGCGGAAGCACAGCUUGUGUUGCAAUCAUUCGAAACCAGCAACUUGUUGUUGCAAAUGCCGGCGAUUCUCGUUGCGUGUUAUCGAGGAAGGGUCAGGCUUAUAACUUAUCUAAAGAUCACAAGCCUGACCUUGAGGUUGAAAGAGAUAGGAUACUGAAAGCUGGUGGUUUUAUACAAGUUGGACGUGUUAAUGGAAGUUUAAACUUGGCAAGAGCUAUUGGAGAUGUGGAGUUCAAGCUGAACAAAGCGUUGCCUGCUGAAAAGCAGAUUGUGACUGCCAAUCCAGAUAUAACUACUAUUGAGCUUUGUGAUGAUGAUGAGUUUCUGGUUUUAGCUUGUGAUGGGAUUUGGGACUGCCUUUCAAGUCAACAACUUGUGGAUUAUGUACGGGAUCAGUUGGCCACAGAAACUAAACUUUCUACCAUCUGCGAGAGAGUAUUUGAAAAGUGUUUGGCUCCGGUGGCUGGUGGUGAAGGAUGUGACAACAUGACCAUGAUCUUGGUUCAGUUUAAAAAACCUUUUAAUGCUGGUGCUUCUGUGGCUGAGCAGCCAUCUGCUUGCGAUCAACCAUCUUCUUGUGAUCAACCAUCUGAGCCUGAAAUAAGUACUGCAGAGACUGAAUCACAAUCUGAGCCUGAAAGAAAUCCAGCAGAAACUGAAUCGAAGUAGUCGGAGCCAUUUCUACUGACAAAUUGGUAAUGCAUUUUCUACUAUCUGCUAGCUACGGUGAGCACAAGAAUUACGGACCUGAAAUUUUACAUUUAAAAAGUGAUUCUGAUGAUACGAUUGUAAAUAUUGAAGAGCAUUUUCAUUGAUUAGAUAAGCUUUGAUGACUAAUAUUCUGUAUAUGUGUUGUGUUGAGUAUUAAAAUGUAAGCGCGCAUUGAUCAGUUUUAGGAGAUGAAUGGAUCAAACACAUUGACGAUUUGUUACUGGGAUGAUAUUUGAUCCUGAUCCUGUGCGUAUAUAAGUUGUCCGAGUUGCUUGAAUAGUGAACAACCCAGCUUUCUGUGCAAUUUUAUUUUUUAUUUUCCUUGAAAAAAUUCAGCCUUCUGAUUGUA